AUGACCGCCAGAAUCCCAAAAACAAUACCUGCUAAAGAUGUUACUGUCAUGUUCAAGAAGGGCAAUAAAUGUUUUCUUGUCAUCACCCAUGCGGGAGCCCCAGACAACACCCUGUUCUCAGACUGCUCAGACGGUCUCACGGAAUAUCGCAUCGCAGUUGAUUUCAAAAAACGGAAUGCGGAGGCGGAAAUUCAAUUUAUACCCCUCUUCUCUGUCAGUAAACUCCUUUCAAAUGCAAUCAAGGUUACUCCAGAGUUUGGUCUUCUCGGCCUUGAGGUUCUCGGCGCUGAUUCAAUUUGGUUGGGUUGGAAUUCUACGGAGACAGCCUCUAACGCCGUUUUCAAGGCUUUCGUAAACUAUGUAGCCAGUCCGACGUGCGCUGUUUCGGACGCAGGCGGGGCCCUCCAGUGCGUGAUUGGCGGACUUGUGGGAAACACCGUCUACAAGGUGCAACUGUACCUUUGCACCGGUGUUGAAGAAUCUAGUCUCUGUGAGGCGGAAUCUCCUCUAGAGGUUGUGAGAACUCCUCCCAGCAAACCCUAUCCCGUCACCUUCACUGAAGUCAACUCGGUGGGUACAAAAGUCAGCUGGCGUGCUCCAGACGGAAAUCAUCUCCAUCUGCAGAAAUACGUAGUUCGGGCUCUGCCUGGG